UUUGUGAAAUGAAUGUUUGAUCGGUAAUCUAAACGCUCUGGUCGUGAAAGAUGAAAUAAUCUUUAAAGAUGUGAACGUAGUUACUGUGCAGCGAAGUGGGCGAGAAUGUCAACGUAAAUAAUCUAUCGAAUCAACCGGGUGGAUGGCGAGGAAGAGCCGAGCAGAUCCGUUUGUUGCAACAGAAGGUGACGGAGUUGCAGUCGAGAUUAUCGGACUACGAAGGAACCCAAAAGAUAUCCAUUGGUACGGAGUAAAAAAUUUGAUUGCAACAAGUUUAACGUCGUUCUUUCUUAGCGUCUAUGGAUCGGAAGAAUUUCUCCAAUCUUCGUAACGUCGAGAAAGAAAGACGGCAACAAAUCGAGAAUUUAAUGAAGCAACUUCGGCAAUCCGAAAUAGCCAUCGAAGGUCACAAGAGGAAAUUGGAAGCUUCGAAGGCUAGGAUCAAAGUACUAGAACACGAACUGAAUGUAACGAAAGGAAACAUCGCGGUACUGAACGAGAAGAGAUCUCACGACGAUCAUUUGAUCGAGACGCUUAGCAAUCGACUAAAGACGAUGGAGAUGAAGCACCAGGACCGCGAGAUAGAUAUGAAAAAUAAAGAGGAGAAGAGCGAACGCGAGUGUACGGCCUUGAGGAACGACUUGCAAUCCGCGCAGUUGCAAAUCGAUCGACUACGGAGGAGACUGGAAGAGCGGGAGAUCGAGAUCGAUAAGCUGAGAGACGGAACUGCUUCGAGUCUCGGAUCGUUAGGAGUCCAGAGGACUAUUCGAACGGAUAUCUACGUAAAUAGUAUGAAUCCUACCAGCCCUCCGCUUAGUUUCCGAAAUUCGUGGGAACCGAACGAAUACGUAACGCUGGCUCUUGCUGCCGAGGCUGAAAGGGAAAGACUGUUGGAAUUAAUAAUCGUACUGAACAGGCGAUUGGACAAGGAGAGAAGCGACGUUGACGGUCUUUCGAAUUGUUUGCGCGACGAAAGGAAGAAAUCGGCGAAAUUGGUAUCGAAGCUUCGAAAAUUGGAGACAGAAAGAGCGGGGAACGUGAGGAUCGAUACGGGGUACAAGCCAAGGUUAUUGCCUAGGUCGUCGAAGACCAACGAUGAAUGUAUCGAUGCCGAACAGGCACGGUUCAAAAUGGAAUUGCUCCAGGAGGAAUGUCUCGCAACGAAGGCGAGAUUAAGCAUAGUUCAGCAGGAAAAAGCUUCGGACCUUGCGACGUACAAGCAGAUGCUCGAUCAAGUUAGAAAAACGUUUCAGGACGCGUGCAGGGGCAAACCAUUGGCUACCGGUGGCAAUCGCUCCACAAUCACGAUGUGAUUCCAAUAUCAGAAUUAUAAUUAUAAUGAAACUGUGCGCGACUGCGUGGCUGUAUUUAAACGUAAUGGCUUCGAAC